CUGCUUGUUUUUUGUUUUUAAGCAAAUUAUUAUCCACUAGUUAUUUGUGAAAAUUAUAACCACCAACCUUAAAAUCAUGAAAACUAAUCCGAAACAGCAACGAAACUUACAAAGAAGUUCAUAUUGUACUUCUUUUUAUAAGCCAAGCCCUCAAAGAAAACCUUAUACAUUAGCCAAAACAAACAACAAUUUGUUCUCAAAACCUGGGUGACCUUGCAAGAGAGAAAUGACAGUAAAAAGUGAGAAAGUUGCAAUAGGAAUCGACCUAGGAACAACCUAUUCUUGUGUUGCUGUAUGGAAGAAUGAUAAGGUAGAGAUAAUAGUGAACGACCAAGGGAAUAGAACAACACCUUCUUAUGUUGCCUUCACUGACUCUCAAAGAAUGAUUGGUGAUGCUGCUUCCAAUAUGGCUGCAUCCAACCCAACCAACACUGUUUUUGAUGCAAAGAGGCUAAUUGGUAGGAAGUUUUGCGACUCAAUCGUACAAAGUGAUAUGAAGUCGUGGCCCUUCAAAGUAAUUGGCAACCUCAAUGACAAACCCAUGAUUGUUGUUAACUAUAAAGACGAGGAAAAGCAUUUUGCUGCUGAAGAAAUCUCAUCGAUGGUAUUGGCAAAAAUGGCCGAGAUAGCUGAAGUUUACCUUGGAUCAACAGUGAAGGAUGUUGUUAUAACUGUGCCUGCUUACUUUAAUGACUCACAACGCCAGUCCACCCAAGAUGCGGGUGUUAUUGCUGGCCUCAAUGUUAUGCGAAUAAUCAAUGAGCCUUCUGCAGCUGCAAUUGCAUAUGGUCUUGACAUGAAACCUUUUAAUCAUGGAUGUAAACAUGUUUUCAUUUUUGAUUUAGGAGGUGGUACUUUGGACGUGUCCAUUCUCACAUUUGAGAAAGGUGCUAUCAAUGUUAAGGCGAUUGCAGGAGACACUCACCUUGGGGGACAAGACUUUGAUAAUACAAUGGUGAACCAUUUUGUGAAUGAGUUCUCGAGGAAGUAUAAAAUCGACAUUAGUGGAGAUCCAAGAGCCCUUAGGAGGUUGAAGUCUGCUUGCGAGAAAGCAAAAAGGAUACUUUCUUCCAAUAUUACAACCACCAUUCAGAUAGAGAGUUUAAAUCAAGGUAUAGAUUUCUACUCAUCGAUUAGUCGUGCAAAGUUUGAGGAACUCAACAAGAAUCACUUCGACAAGUGCAUGGAGAUUGUGGAAAAGUGUAUAAUUGAUAGUGGGAUGGACAAGAGUAGCAUUCAUGAUGUUGUCCUUGUUGGUGGCUCUACCAGGAUUGUAAAAGUGCAACAAAUGGUGAGUGAUUUCUUCGGGGGGAAGCUUUUAUGCAAAAGCAUCAAUGUCGAUGAGGCGGUGGCAUAUGGCGCUGCUGUCCAUGCUUCUAUAUUGAGUGGUGAGUGUAGUGAGAAAGAUUUACAAUUGUCGGAGGUCAUUCCUUUGUCCCUUGGAUUGGAGACUCAUGGGGGGAUUAUGAACACAAUAAUCCCUAGGAAUACCAAAAUUCCUGCCAAAAUGGAACAUGUAUUCACCACACAUUUGCACAACCAAAUGAAUAUUCUAAUUCAUGUUUAUGAAGGUGAGAGGAAAAUAACUAGGGAAAACAACUUGCUUGGAAAAUUUGUUUUGGAAAUUCCUCCGGCUCCGGCAGGUGUUCCUCAGAUUAAAAUCAGCUUCCAAAUCGAUGAUGAUGGCAUCUUAGACGUUUGUAGCACGGAAAAGUCCCUUGGAGUUAAUAAGAAGGUUAAAAUAAUAAGUGACAAGGGAAGGUUGUCAAAGGAGGAUAUUGAGAGGAAGAUCAAAGAAGCUGAGAAGUACAAAGAUGAAGACAAGAGGUAUAUGAAGAAGGUAGAAGCGAGAGUUGUACUAGAGACGUAUGCAUACAACAUGAGGAAUGCUAUAAAUGAUAAGGAUAUUAGUUUGAUGCUUUCGUCAAAAGAAAAGGAAAAGAUCAAUAAUGCACUUGAUUUGGUCUUUACGUGGCUCGAUGUUAACGUGAUUGCGGAACAAGAACAAUUUGAGUAUUAUACGAGCAUUCUUUCAAGUGUAUUUGAUGCAGUUAUAGUGAAGAAGAUAAAUGAUGAGAGGCAUGGUGUGCAAGAGGGUAUUAUGGUUGGGAAUGCAGUAAAGAAUAAAAAGAAUCAUUGGAAACAAACUUUACUAAAAUAUUCUUUCAUUAUAGUCCAUGCAGCUGCAACAACUAACAUCACCGGGCUAGCCUCUCAACUCAUUGUUGACUUUGUAAAAAAAGAUUAAAACUUCAUUCAAAUUGUAUUGUAAAAUUUCAAGUUUAAGGUGACAAUGUCAACUAUAUGAUAA